CUGACAGCGCUUUAACGGGUCGUGGGCUUGUUACCUGUGUCUUUUCUACACAUGUCAACGAAGCGGUAACAAAGGAAAAACGCUGCAGCUUCGCCAUUUGGACGCAGGAAGUCCCUAUUGUCAGCGAACGGAUGCUAAGCUAACAGGUUGGCUAACUAGCGAGCUGGCCAACUAGCUUACGGCUAACCGAGUUGACAGCUCCUGCCCGGCCGUGGGGACAAACGACAGCUGAGCUGGUCCCUCAGCACAUGUGACCCGUUAAGGCUGGUUCAAGACAAUCUACCAUGGACUCCAGGUCGCACCGGCUUCCGUUUUGCCUGUCCAGCUCCAGGUCGUCCUACGGGUCCAGUCCAGCGGUCUCCUCCUCGUCCCUGGGCUCCAGUCGACUGUACGGUCGUGAAUCAACGCUGAACAGCGACCGCUUCCCGAGGGCUUCUUCAUCUUAUAAAACAGAUCUGGACCAACAGAAUGCUCGUCUCCUGAGCUCCACCAGAGACUACAGCGGCUCCGACAGUCGCGCCUCCAACUGGAAGCUUCCCACGUCUCUGACCUCCUCCAGCCGGGCUUAUGAUCGCCCGUGGACCGAGUCCUCUCUGAGCAGCAGGAGCAAACUGGCUGAUUCUGGGAUCCGCUCAGGCCUGUUGAAUGCCAGCGACGAUGGCGAUUCUAAAAGAGCCAAACUGUCGUACAGCAACCGAGGACUGUACUCCAGAACCUCCAGCCCCUCAGUCACUGGAUCCACUUACUCCAGCAGUGGGCUGAGCAGUGGUAGAGGUUUAAGUGAAAAACACAACGACCCGUUAGAUUCAUCGUGGAGCUCAUGUCGUUUGCUCUCGUUGUCUUCGUCUUCCUCCUCGAAGCCGUCGUCGUCCCGGAGGGAGCAGGAGGCAAAGUAUGAGCCCAGUCUCUCAGGUUUAGGAGAAAGAAGAAUGCGGACCCCUGGAGUCGGCUCCUCAACGUAUCAGACAGACCGGGUGACCUCCACGUAUGCACAGGGAGCCCGGCCUAAAGAGACUGCCUACUCCUCCUCCUCCUCCUCCUCCUCUUCUUCUGCCAGACAAAGCUCCCUAAACUACCACCUCCCACCCCCCACCUCCCACCGCUCUUCCCCUCCGGUGCGUGACCUGAGCAGCAGAACCACAGGCCGUUUCUCAAGCUCCUCAUCCUCCCUCCGCUCAUCUCAGGAACAAACAAGAACUCCUGAUACCUCCUCAGAUAUCUCCUCGUCCUACUCCUCUCGAGCCCGAUGGUACACCACCCCCACGGUCAGACCGGAGGCCACGCUCCCUCCAAGGCCGGCCCCCGAAGGUGUGGAGCCAGAGAGCCGCUCCUCCACACGACGCCUCUUGUCCCGUCUGUUUUCCCGGCGCUCCAGCCAAGAGUCUUCUAGUGGAUCUUCCAGUGCUCGUUCCCUUGAUGAUGACAGUCCAUCAACCGGAGGAGAGUCCGUGGACGGGGACGAGGGAACCAGGACGUCCAGUGUGGACCCUGACGCUGGAGGCUCAGAGACGACCUCUGGCGGUCUCAGGACUCGUAGAGCAGACCUCGCUCCCAUCCGGGAAAGCAACAGCAAUUAUCGUAGCAGCCCAGCAGGGUCCAGAAUGCCAUUGUGGAGAGAGCCUGGUGUUGGCAGUAGUACUAAUACCACCACCAGCAGCAGCGGUGGAGGCAGCAGCUCCUCCUGGCUUUCCUCCUCUUUCCGUGGCCGCUGCCCCCCCCUGCUCUCUCGGCUCAGACGACACGUGAGGGACGACAGUGCCCAGUCGCCUGCAGAAGAAACCUACAGCCGCCCACAGCAUCUACUGAGGAGGUGGGACAACGUGGAACAUAAAGCGACACAUGAGGAUGAUGACGAGGACGACAACGAUGAUGAUGAUGAUGAUGACGAGGAGAGUGAAGAGGAAGGAGCAGUUGGUUUAGACGCCUUUGGAGCAGGUCAUCCCUGCCGACUCGAGGAGGAAACGUUACCUGAGCUCGAGGAUGGUCCGGUUGUGUUUCCGUCACGUCGCAGAGUCGCUCUGUACGAAAACAUCUCAGCUUCUCUGAGUCAGUUGAGGGGGGUUGACAACCAGCUGGAGGAGCAGAAGGAGAAGCCCACCCCCGGUAGGGAUCAGGAGAAGCUGCAGAAGAUCAAGGAGAGGCUGCUUCUGGAAGAGUCUGAUGAGGAUGAGGGCGACCUGUGCCGAAUCUGCCAGAUGUGCGAGGAAUCCUCCUCCAACCCUUUGAUUCAGCCGUGCCGCUGCACCGGCAGUCUGCAGUACGUCCACCAGGACUGCAUCAAGAGGUGGCUCCGCUCCAAAAUUGGCUCAGGCACGAACCUGGAGGCCAUCACAACCUGUGAGCUCUGCAAGCAGAAGCUGCGUCUGAACAUAGACAACUUCAACAUUCAGGAGUUGUACAGGACUCACGUGCAAUCAGAAUAUGACGAGUUCAUCAGCAGUGGUCUCUAUCUGGUGGUGCUGCUGCAUUUCUGUGAACAGAGGUUCUCGGAUGUCCUGGGAGCUGUUGACGCAGCAGGGGUCCUCACGGAGAAAGUGACGGGGAGGUGCACGACCACCGGCCGUCUAUCGAGUUCUCUGACCUGGACGACGAUCUGGAAGAGGAUUAUUAAUUCUGUGAACGUGGUGGAACGAGGAUGGAAAGUGGGUCAGAUGGUGACAAGUUGCAGAGCUGCCCCCCCCCCCCCCCACAAACACACACGCUUCGACGUCGUCACGCUCCUUUGAAACGCCAAGUGCACAGACGCACGUCUUGCCUUUCGUGGCUUUUGCAAAUAUGCAAACUCGAAUUGAACCGGUGUGUAAAAAAAAAAACAUUCUUGUCUGGAAACCACUGUACAUGUCUGAGAGAGUGCACUUUAUUCAAUUAUAACAAUGAAAAUGCAAGUCUUUUUAACUGUUAUACCACAAGUGCUUUAAUGUUGAUAUAAGGUUGAUGUAGUGUAGAGUUGUGAUGGUAAGAUUUUCAGAGAAGAACAGAAAAGUGGUUGUGUACUUUUGUUGUCUUGUUUUUCCUCUGGUUAUUAUUUCCACUGAGACUGUUGACAAAAAAACAAACAUCUUCAUCUUUGUUUCAGUGUCUGAAAUGCUUUAUGUACAAAUCUAGUUUCACGCUUUUAAUUUUGGAAAUAAAGAUUGAAUGGACUGAA